UAGUGACAACCCAACACUGAUUAAUCACCCCAUCUAACUACAAAACCCUUCGCUCCUCCCAACGCCCUCUCUGACAUCUUUUUCCGACUCCCUCUGCCCAUCAUGCCGUACGGAAAGGUCGACGAGCUCGCCAUCAACACAAUUCGAACCCUCGCGGUCGAUGCCACGUUCCAGGCCAACUCCGGCCAUCCUGGCGCCCCUAUGGGCAUGGCCCCGGUGGCCCACGUUCUCUUCAACAAGUUCAUGACCUUCAACCCCAAGAACCCCGACUGGUUCAACCGCGAUCGCUUCGUCCUCUCGUACGUACCCCCAAUUCCUAUACUUGAGCUAUUCAAUGCGGGCACUCUCUCAAUGGCGCGCUGUUCCCGCGGGUUGCGCGUCGUGGUGGGCCCAGGCAUGCCUGAAACCCUUUUCCGCGGGGAAUCUGUGCCUGAGACAGUUGCUUUUCUUGUCUCUCGGGGCCUCUGGUCUCAAAUUUGCCGCUUAAGCGGACAACGGCAGCAUUUCCGCGCUGCUCCGCUGCGUUGCGGCGCUAUGGCUGAAAUUUCUUCUGAACGAGAUAUGACGAAAUCACUCACUCCGAGCGCGCAGUAACGGCCACGGAUGCAUGCUCCAGUAUGCGUUGCUCCACCUUUUCGGCUACGGGGUGAGCAUUGACGACCUCAAGAACUUCCGUGUAAGUGCAGACGGCAUUUAUUAAGUUUCCUCCGAGAUCGG